UGUGUGUGUGUGUGUGUGUGUGUGUGAGAGAGUGUGAGGAUUAGGAUCAGGAUCAGGGAUUAAAGACAGAUGUCAACCAGAAAUCCAAUCCAAUUCUGCGGUCAUCCCCGCACAUCACGGUCAAGAUUAAGCACGCCCCGCCUUCUCUACAGUUUGACCUCAAUCCUAUUGGUCCAUUCUUUGAUCGACGGUGCUCUUGUCCAAUAGGAAUCGAUAACGGGGAGUUCGAGGGUAACCUCUGCGCAGAUGUGUGUGAAGGAGACAACGCAGUUUUUAGUGUGAGAGCAGGAAUAGUUUUUGCGAGGGAGUCACAUACUGCCGAGCACCACAACUAGAAAGAUGUCAUUUGCCAGUGACAAGCUGUACAAUGGGUAUCUGCGGCGGAAUAUGCCGACCAUUGUGAGCAGGGUGAAAGUGAGAGAAGUAAUGAUCCACCUGCCUUGCUUGACUUCUCACGACAGGGAAAACAUUGAGGCAAAAAGAGAGGUUCGUGGGAACUAUGACGGCAUGGUGCUUCUGCUGGACUGUCUGAAGAGAAGAGAAAACUGGCCCGAGCAGUUAAUCGAAGCACUCGAGGCGUGUGAGCAGCCAAUUUUAGCAGCUGGGAUUAGAACAGAAUACGACACUCUGCGAGGCACCAGCAAUUCCAACCCCAGCCCUCCUCCAACAGCUGUCGUCAGGGCACACGUGCAUCCAGCACCAUCUGCCAGUCAUCUGUCCACCACAGAGAGCGGUGCAAACAGUCAGGCUGCUGCUGCUGCUGCUCUGCCAGCUGAAGCACCAGCUCCUGCAGAGCCACUUGCCCAGGCCUCACCCUCUCUGGAAAUCCCUGUGCAGCCACAAGCCCCCCCGAGUGCAGAAGCCAAAGUUCCUGAGGUGGUUUCCCCUCCACAGCCAACUCAGGGUGAAGUGGAACCCCCUCCAUCAACCCCUCCUCCUGAGAGCAACUCUCACCAGGAGCCGGUGGAAAACUGUGAAUCCGACAUCGAGGAUGUCUCCGGUGAUGAUGCUGCUAUCCCCGAUCAGGUGAGCGCAGGAAACAGCGAGGUAUUGAUCGACACUGUGGCCCCUCCGCAACCACCUGCUGAGGAGCUGGAAACAGAAACUCCAUCCAUGCAAGAUCCUGUCGAAACAAGAACAACAACCUCCACGGAGAUCAGUCCUCCACAGAGUCCCUCUCCAUCUCAGAUGAACUCGGAUGUGACCGAUGGAUCCUCUUUCCUCACUUUAACCCCAGAGAGGCCUCCGGUCCAGGACACCACCCCCCCUGUGGACAUGAAACCUGCUCCUGUCCUGCUGCCUGAAGAGACGUCUGAGCCGCCUGCGACACAGGUUAUUGAAAGCAGCCCGCAGACAGAAACUGAAGCUGCCACCUCCCCCCUGCCGGUUGCUGCAGAGACGGACUCCUCUAUCUGUGAUGACAGCUCUGUGUGUCUGAGCAAACCUGGCCCACUCCUCAGCAUCCACCCGCAACAAGAUGCUAUCCCUGCUAUCCCUGAACAAAGAGAGCCGGUGCAGCUCUAUUCGGGGAAUAGUGAGCGUCUGGAAAUCAGCAAUGCUGCACCAGAAGCUGUGACCUCUUCCCUCCUCCCCGCAUGCUCCACCACUGUGAAUACCGCACUGCCAUGCCAGGAGAACGGCAUCGCUCCUAACCACAGCGAACCGGAGGAAAACCACUACGAGUCUCCCUGUGAGAGUUUGGAUAUGCAAGUGCUGGAGAAUGUCGUGCAUAUAUCCGAGGAGCCGUCUAUCCUUGACCUAGACGGCCAAAGCUCAAUACCACGAGCUCAAAUCAUGAAUGGUGACGCAGCCAAAGAGAUCACCCCUGCGCCACCAGUAUCCACCAACACUGGUGAUACUGUAUUGAGUGUAAACACCCCCUCUGGUGAGAACUGCCUCCCUUCUGAGCCCACACCUGCUGAUAUCUCCCCAGAGCCGAAGACGCUGCAGAAUCCAGAGAAGAAAUCGAAUAAUACUAAGUACAUUCUGACAGCUGCAGGAGUGGGCGCCUGUGCCCUGGUGAUGGCGUGGAGGUUUAAGAAUUAAGUGGAUUGAAUACCUUUUUAAAGGAGGGGAAGCUUAGGCUUUAAGGCUUUUUAAAAGAGGAUCUCAAGGUUAUGGUGCCUUAUUGUAGUCAGUGAACUGAAAGGGUGCUAGGCAGCUGUGUCAUAAUUACCUUUAGUAAUAAUAGCUGACUUGCCAGACCUUUGAUCAUGUCAUUAAUUACAAGUAUGUUGUUAAGUUGGGCCAUGUAUUAUUAUUUUACUGUUGAAUGAAGUUUGCCCUAGUAAACAAAAACCAAAUCUACCCUUUUUAUUCUAGUUUGGGAACUUCAUGGAAAUGGGUUCUUAGAUUAUUUAUUCAUGUGCCGCAAAGUUUGUAAAGAGACACUUGUGCUGUGUAUUAAUUAUAUACAUAUUUGUGUGUCUGAUGCACUUUUAAGAUAAGACUGUUGGCUAUCAUCCAGGGAAGAUAAGUGUACCAAGGACCUUAAACUACUGGAUCUUGACUGUGGAAAAAAGAGUGCUCUGUAAACGAUGGCUAGUGCACUGUGUAUUUAUUUGUACAUAUAUAGAGAUUAUAAAGGUAUCCAAUUAUGUAUCUGAGGAAAAUGUGAUGUCAAAAACAUUCCAAAGCAAUGUCUGCUUAAAAACGAUGGCACUGCUUCAAAGUGAGUUUUCUUUAAUGGCCCCGUCCUGUUUCUUUUUGAGCCAGGGAUUAAGACGACUUGAUGUUCCCCAAAACGCACAUUCAUUUCCAGCUUUACCCAGUCCAAUCACACAACUUCGUGAGAGCCAACACAUCAUUAGAUGGAAGGUAUUAACCUUGAGCUAUCAUGUUGUUAGCUGCAUAUUUAACUGGGUUUUAAAUGUUCACUUUUGUGGUUAGGGUAAUUUCUUCUGUUAUCGGACCCCUUUUUAUGGCUUAUGUCAAGGUUGUAGUUCUGGACAAUCAAUGACGAACGCAUAAGGCGUUGAUUGUGAUUGUACAUCCUUGCAAGAAAAACUAGGGGAUUGUGAUCAGUGUAUACCUAAAUAGGUUUUACACUGGAGCCAAGAUACACCUCAAAGUGCUGCAAGGCAAACAAUAGAGCUAAAGCUUCUUUUUCAAUCGUAGAGUACUUCAACUGAUGUUUGUUACUGUAAAAUGUCGGGAGAAGUAACUCACGGGGUGAUCAAUGGCCUGUGCAUCUUCUUGUAGAAGAACAGCCCCUGCCCCAACUCCACUGGCAUCGACCUUGAGCUUGAAUGGCUUCGAAAAGUCUGGUGCAGAAAGAACAGGAGUGCAACACAGAUUACUUUUAAGGCUCUCAAAUGACUGUUGACACUCACCGGACCAAACGAAAGGUUUUGAGGGACUGGUCAACGUAGUGAGUGGGGCCACCACCGAGGAUACGUUCCUGCAGAAACGGCGAUAGUACCCUGCCAUUCCUAGGAAGCGGCGAAGUUCCCUCCUGGUGGAUGGCACUGGGAGGGAGGCAAUUGCCCUGAUCUUUGAAUCAGCAGGGCACACCUGCCCUCGACCAACCUGCUGACCAAGGUAGAGAACGGUACCUUUUCCAAACUCACAUUUGGCAAGGUUAAGCAAUAUGCAGCCGACAAGCAUUUCAAAACUUCUCUUAAGGUAGACAUGUGGCUAGCCCAGUCAUUAGAAUAGACAACAAUGUCGUCCAGAUAUGCCUUAUAGUUUGGAACAUGUCCCAAUACACGAUUUACAAGCCUCUGAAAGAAGAAAUUCUUCAGAAGAAAUUAGCAUAACCACAAAAAUGUUUUAAACAAAGUUGUAAGCUUCAUGGCCAUCAUCUGGUGUAAAUGUUUGAGAUGAGAAUUUAUUUUUCCAAAGUUGUUCCUCUAUUUUAAAAAUAAAGUUUGAGAAGAGAUUUUAUUGUAAAUAGCAUUGUUAAUAUAAGAAAUGUUAGGGGGAAAAUAAAUCAUGUUUUUGCACAUUUUAUCAGGGUAUUUGAGCUGCAAAGAUGCUUAAAUGUAUUCACUAUGGAAAACAUGUCAAUUGUAAUCUCAGUUUACGGUUUAUCAAAACAAUGUAAAGACUGUCUCUGGAUUCCCACUUGGCAAUUAUACCAAUAAACCUGAAAUAAAACAAAUAUUUGUUGA